GCGGCCGCUUCGCCCCUCUCUUGUCUCCUAUCUUUUGACUGCCAACUGCAACUGCGACUACCCCAGCAAAGGAAAAGGGAUUUAUAACUAUAACUUUGUCGAGAACGGGAGGCGUUUGGUAAUAACUACGGCUACAGCUACGGCUACGACAACAGAGGGGCGAGUUGAUAAUACGGAGGAGGCUUUUGUUGUGUGUGGGGUUUAUUUGAAAGGGGGGCGAUAUACUUGAGGCGGUGACGGGCGGCGUUACGUGUGAAAGGAUCGGCAAGGGACGAGUUCGAGGCGAGAACGAGGGAAGAAGGGGGUUUAUACCUGUUUCUCCAGAGGCAGGAAUAGGCCUCGACUACAAAUACAAUGGCGUCCAAGGCGAUGUGGGAGGUUGAUCCCGAGACACGAUCAAAGCUCCACGAAAUCGCCAAAACAAACUCCAACUCCACCUGCGCCGACUGCUCCGCCCCCUCCCCCCAGUGGGCCUCCCCCAAAUUCGGGAUCUUCAUCUGCCUCUCCUGCGCCGGCGUGCACCGCGGCCUCGGGGUACACGUCUCCUUCGUCCGCUCUACCACCAUGGACGCCUUCAAGGCCGCCGAGAUAGAACGCAUGCGUCAAGGUGGGAAUAAGCCCUGGCGCGACUUCUUCGAGGGGCAUGAGGAGAAUAAACUCGCGGGUGUAGGGUUUGAGGACGCGACGAUUAAGGAGAGAUAUGAGAGUGCGGUGGGGGAGGAGUGGAAGGAACGGUUGACGGCGAAGGUGGAGGGGAGGGAGUAUGUCCCCGGUGCGCCGAAACCGGUAGUACCGAGACAAGAAAAGCCCGUUCCCCGCGCCACGACGCAGAUUCAAGGCCGUGCAUCCCCUUCCCCCUCUCUCGGCGAUGGUGGGAGUACUGGCGGCAGAAGCUCGAAGGCCAAGGUCGACGAUAGGUAUUUCUCGAAACUGGGAGAAGCGAAUGCCGCGCGCCCUGCGGAUGUGCAUCCCAGCCAGGGAGGCAAGUAUGGAGGCUUCGGAUCGGAGAUGCCGGCGCCAGCGGCAAGGGGGGACGGGCCGCCGGGACUGGAUGAGCUGCAGAGGGAUCCGGUGGCGGCGUUGACGAAGGGGUUUGGGUGGUUUGGGGGGAUGGUGGGGAAGACGGCUAGGCAGGUUAAUGAGGGGUAUAUUGCGCCUGCUGCGCAGAGGGUGAGUUCGCAUUUUAAAUUUCCCCCUGUUCUGCCCGUCUUUUCUUUUAUGUGGUUCGGUCACUAACAGCUGUGCAGAUCGCAGAAGCAGACCUCGCAGCCCAAGCCCGCAUCACCGCCGCCCAACUCGCCAAGUCCGCGCAGACCGGCGCCCAGGGCGCGAGCAGAACAUUCAACGACUCCUUCAACCGCUUCGUGGAAGGCGAGGGCGCCGGGGGUGCGCGUGGUGGUGCUGGGCGCGGGCCGUUGGAUGAGUCGAAGAGGGAUUUCUGGGAUGGGUUUGGGAGGCCGGAUGAGAGGGAGGGUGGAGGGACGAUUGGGACGAAUGCGUU